UUGUUCACGUUCUCCCUGCUGGGUCAAUGGGUCGUACUCGCAAUGGAGAAGGAUCAUGUGAGAGAGUUGUGCAACGCGCCGGAGGACGUCCUAUCCAUGGAAGCGGCAGCGGAGGAGCUUUUGCAACUGCGCCACACAGUCGGACCGCUAUUUUCUGACGAGUUAUAUCACAUCCCUGUCAUUCGAACAAAACUUAACUUGAACCUUGAGGAGAUCUUCCCACCUCUUGUGGACGAAAUACACGCCGCAUUUUCGGAUAUCAUCAAUACUCAGAUUGGGGAAGCAGAUUGGGCAUCUAUCAAGGUGUUACCAACUUUUUCCCGUAUAAUUUGUCGAGCUACAAACCGUAUCCUUGUAGGGAGCCAUCUCUGCCGAAAUGAAGAAUACUGCAAGCUUGCAAGCGGGUUCACUAAUGAUGUCCUGUCCAUUGGACCAGUAUUGAAGUUUCUUGUACCAAAAUCUCUUCGCCCAUUAGUAGGAAUGGCAUACAGGUCGCUGUUCAGCCAUCAAAAACGAAUGGAAAAAUUAUUGAUACCGUUGAUCAAAGACCGACGACGUCGGUGGCAUGAUCCAGUUUCUGAUAUUCCAAAUGACAUGCUCUCGUGGUUGAUGGAAGCUUCCCCGUUGCACGAGGAAUACUCGACUGAGUCCUUGUCCAUGCGUAUGCUCAAUGUCAAUUUUGUGGCACUGCAUACUACGACCAAAACCUUCACACACGCCAUCUACUGUCUCGCCUCUCAACCACAGUAUAUUUCAAUUCUACGCGAGGAAGUCGAACAGCAACUUGAUUCAGGUAAUACUACGACGUGGACGAGGGAGGCACUCGGACGGUGUGUGAAACUUGAUAGUUUUUUGAAGGAAACUCUUCGACUUCAUGGUCUCGGUGCGAUAUGGAUGCCACGACUUGCAGUCUCGGAUUUUUCCUUUUCCGACGGCACACAUAUUCCUCCAGGUUAUUUUGUUGCUACCGCCGCCACUGCUGUGCAUGAGAAUGACGCUCUGUACGAAAAUGCUCGUGACUUCAACGGAUUGAGAUUCUCAUCAAUGCGCAAGGGAACCCUUGAUAGACCAGAAACUGAGAAGGACUGGCAGUACAGGAUGACUUCGAAUUCUGAAUCAUAUCUUGCAUUCGGCGGAGGGCGCCAUCUUUGUCCCGGUAGAUUCUUUGCUUCAAUGGAAAUGAAGUGCCUCAUGGCGUAUCUCGUGCUACAUUAUGAUCUCAAAACCUUGAAAGACGGUGUGAGGCCACCAGAUGAAUGGUUUGGACCUACGUCUAGUCCAGCCAGGAAUGCGAGGGUGUUAUUUCAUCGACGUCAAGAUUUUCCAUCUGCGUCAAUGGAUUGA